AACACAUAUACCAAGCCGUAUCUGUUAUUCAUAAAGAAUUCUAAAACUAUUUUAAGUAAAACAUGUCGUCUUCUUCGGAUGAAAAUGACUAUACAGAUCCAGUGGCCGUGUGUCACAUUUCCGAGUUGCGGAAUUCCGAAAUGAGGGAAGUGGACUUCGAUGGUGAUACUCGCGUGCUCCUGAUCAACCAAAAUGGUCACUUGCGGGCGCUCGGCGCAAGUUGUCCGCAUCGUGGAGCUCCCCUAUACAAAGGAGUUCUCUCCAGUGGCCAUGUGCGAUGUCCCUGGCACGGUGCCUGCUUCGACCUAGAGACAGGUGACAUAGAGGACUUUCCCGGCCUGGACUCGCUGCCCUGUCACCGAGUCACCGUUGACUCCCAGGGACAAGUGCUAGUGCGCGCCAAGCGAUCUGAAUUGGGUAAGAAAUCCAGGAUCAAAGAGAUGGUAGGGCGUCAUUGGGAUCAAAGUUGCUUUGUCGUGGUUGGAGGCGGACCCUCGGGAGCGGUCUGCGUGGAGACCCUGCGGCAAGAGGGCUUCACCGGCCGUAUAAUCCUUGUCUGCCAGGAGAGACACCUGCCCUACAAUCGUGUAGAAAUCAUGAGCUCCCGAGCCAAGAGCAUGGAUCAUUUGUGUUUUCGUGACGCAAAGUUUUACCGGGACUACAACAUCGAGGUACGUCUGGGGUUCUCCGCCCAGAAGCUAGAUACUCGGCGACAAGAGCUGCACUGCAGCAAUGGAAGGGUUUUUCAAUACGACAAGAUCUACCUGGCUACUGGUUACUCCGCUGUAAGACCAGACAUAUCCGGCGUUGAUUUGGAAAAUGUGAAAACUAUUCGAGAUAUCUCCGAUGCCAGGAGCAUCCUUGACAUGGUUAACACUAAAACCCACGUGGUCUGCUUGGGAUCCAGUUUUAUGGCCGUGGAGGCAGCUGCCAAUUUGGUCUCUAAGGCGGCCAGUGUAACCCUUGUGGCGCGACAAAAUGUUCCAUUCAAAAGCAAUCUGGGCGAAAAGAUUGGACGGAGGAUACUUAAGCUUCUGGAGGAUAAUGGAGUGCAUUUGCGCAUGAGCAGUGGCAUCACCCGCAUCCUGGGUUACUCCUUUGGUCAGGUGAAGAAGGUACAGCUGAUAGACAAGUCCUGGAUACCGUGCGACUUGCUCAUUCUAGGUACCGGCUGCAAAUGUAAUACAGGAUUUCUCAUUGGCUCCGACGUGGCAGUCAAUCCGAAUGGCUCCGUGGACGUCAAUGACUAUUUGGAAACAAACGUUCGGAACGUGUUUGCCGGUGGGGAUAUCGUCAACGCUCACAUCCUUGGUGGACAUAAAGAUCGGGUGAACAUAGGCCACUACGGCUUGGCGCAAUACCAUGGGCGUGUGGCUGCCAUGAACAUGUGUGGCCACAUCAAGAAGUUGGAAGCGACACCCUUCUUUUAUACGGUCAUCUUUGGCAAAGCGUUUCGAUCCGCGGGUUAUGGUUCCUACCAAGAGGUCAUCGUCGACGGUAGUCUGGAGGAUCUGCAAUUCGUUGCCUACUUUGUGAACAAGAAGAAUAUGGUCACGGCAGUGGCAUCCUGUGGCCGGGAUCCUAUUGUGGCCAAAUUCGCGGAACUGAUAUCACAGGGUAAAGGAUUGCGCCGGUGUCAAAUCGAAGAUUCCAAGAAAUGCAACAAAUGGCAUUCCUUGAUAACGCCGUAGAACUAGUACUAGGAUAAAUAUAUAUUUUAAAAUUUAAAUAUGUGGUUUUUGGUACAACAAAUUAAAGCUGUGCACAAGAGCAGUAUAACAGUUCGCCUCAAGCUCACAUCUAUUAAAUAAAGCUUGUUUUAUAUUAACUAAAGCUUUACC